AUGACUAGGACACUGGGAGACCCCAUUGCACUGGCCUUGUUAGGCCUGUGCUGGUCUCUGGCUAUUGCCAACCCUCUUCCAACUGCCCAGGGGAAUGUUGCUGAAGGUGAAAUUGCGACCAAACUAGACCCCGAUGUGAUCGAACGUUGCUCUGAUGGCUGGAGUCUUGAUGCUACCACUAUGGAUGGCAAUGGGACCAUGCUGUUUUUCAAAGGGGAAUUUGUGUGGAAGGGUCACAAAUGGGUCCGGGAGUUGAUCUCAGAGAGAUGGAAGAAUUCUACCAGCUCUGUGGAUGCUGCAUUUCGUCGUGGUGGCAACAGUGUCUUUCUGAUCAAGGGUGACAAAGUCUGGGUAUACCCUCCUGAAGAGAAGGAGAAUGGAUAUCCAAAGUUGCUCCAAGAUGAAUUUCCUGGCAUCCCAUUUCCAGUGGAUGCAGCUGUGGAAUGUCACCGUGGAGAAUGUCAUGAUGAAGGCAUCAUCUUCUUCCAAGGUGACCGCAAGUGGUUCUGGGACUUGGCUACAAGAACCAAAAAAGAACGUUCCUGGCCAGCUGUUGGCAACUGCACUGCUGCCCUGAGGUGGCUUGAACGCUACUACUGCUUCCAGGGUAACCGCUUCCUGCGCUUCAACCCUGCUACUGGAGAGGUUCCUCCCAGAUACCCUCUGGAUGCUCGAGACUACUUCAUGUCUUGCCCUGGAAGAGGCCAUGGUAGAAGACACAGGAAUGGAACUGGCCAAGGGAAUAGCACCCACCAUGGCCUUGAGUAUACACGCUGUAACCCGGAUCUAGUCCUGACUGCAUUGCUGUCUGACAACCAUGGUGUCACAUAUGCCUUCAGUGGGUCCCACUACUGGCGUCUGGAUACCAGCCAGGAUGGGUGGCAUAGUUGGCCCAUUGCUCAUCAGUGGCCCAGCGGUCCUUCGACAGUGGAUGCUGCCUUUUCCUGGGAUGAUAAACUCUAUCUGAUCCAGGGCACUCAGGUAUAUGUUUACCUGGUCAAGGGAGGCUAUAUUCUAGUCAGUGGUUACCCAAAGCGGCUGGAGAAGGAACUUGGGAGUCCUUAUGGAGUCAGCCUUGAGGCUGUGGAUGCAGCCUUUACCUGCCCUGGCUCUUCUCGACUCUACAUCAUGGCAGGACGGCGGCUCUGGUGGCUGGACUUGAAGUUAGGAGUUCAAGCUAAGUGGACCGAACUUUCGUGGCCUCAUGAGAAGGUUGAUGGGGCUUUGUGCAUGGAAAAGUCCCUUGGCCCCAAAUCAUGUUCUUCCAAUGGUCCCAGCUUAUACCUCAUCCAUGGCCCCAAUUUGUACUGCUACAGUGAUGUGGAGAAACUGACUGCAGCUAAGACCCUUCCCCAGCCCCAGAAAGUAUCAAGCCUCCUGGGCUGCAGUCAGUAAGGAACCUCUAACAAGAGUUUGACCUGGCUCCACCCACUCCCCACUUUCCACCUA